AUGUCAACGCCGUACGUUCCACCAGUCGACAGUACAGCCACCCAGCACGACGAGGCUCAACACCUGGCCAUCAACAACACAUGGUUCCGCCGCUUCUUGACUCUUGUCGCGCUUGAGACUACUGCGCGAUUCUACGCACACGAUGGCCCCUGUGUCCCCAUCUCGAAGCACCUCAUAGUCAAGUCGAGCGAAGUUGUUCACCUCACUGAAGCCGCAACCCUGAGCUUCAUCGCUGCCAAAACCUCCAUACCCGUGCCGCGCGUGCUCUCAUCUUUUGUCCACAGAAACCGCGCCUACAUCGUCAUGGAACGCAUCCAGGGCCUGUCUCUCCCUGAAGCCUGGAAGACGUUGUCUGAGUCAGAUCUCGAUUCCAUCUUUGCGCAGCUUCGGGGAGAGCAUGCGAACCACGAAAACGUAAACGAACAGGACUGGGAGGAUAUCAAAGGAAUGGCCGCCAAGCAGGAUGGACCGUGGCCGCCUCCCGUGUUUACGCAUGGAGACCUCAACCCCUUCAACAUCUUGGUCCGUGGCGACCAGGUCGUCGGCAUCAUUGACUGGGAGUUCGCAGGGUGGUAUCCCUACUACUGGGAGUAUACUUCGGCGUGGUAUGGAAACAGAAUUCGUCAAUCGUGGCAGCAAACGAUUGAUAGGUUUCUCGAACCGUGCCCUGAGGAGCUCAAGAUGGAAAUCACACGCCAGAAGUGGUGGGGAGACUUUUGA